GAACCAACAAAUGUUUACAUAGACAAGUUGCGAAAUAUUUCCAAUUAAAUCUCUCUGAAUAUUGAUCAGAUCAGACCGACACAGAUGCUUCCAACUGGUGUGCGAUUAGAAACUUUCCUAAACCAAGAUGAAUGACAGUAGAGGUGUGAUCAACUGGUCUGGUGCAUGUGGCAAACAAGAUGGCUGGGCACUUUGGGACCCCCAGUUGUCAUUGAACACGAGCUCACCAGAUUUAACACUUUGUUUCCAAAACACGAUCCUGAUAUGGCUCCCCUGCUUGUACCUCUGGCUGUGCGCACCAUUCCUGACCUACUACCUGUAUCAUCGCUCUCUAAAACAUGCUCUGUGUGAUAUAAGUAAACUGAAUUUAGCCAAGACAAUUCUGUGUGCCUUGCUAUGUAUUGUCGCUGCGAUAAACCUGUUCAAGACCGUGAGUGAGGUGGCCACUUCAGUAAAUACUCCAAUGGCACUCUGGAUUUCUCCUGGAAUUUAUUUGCCCACCAUUUUGCUUGUGACCACCUUCAUCCACCAAGAGUUCAGACGAGGCAUCCAUUCUUCGGGGGUCAUGUUCAUGUUCUGGUUCCUGCAGGUCAUCUGUGGUGCUAUCAUGCUCCGGUCUAACAUCAUGCAAAUAAACCAAAAGGGAUAUGUUGAUGACCCAUUCAGACUGAGCACGUUCAUCAUAUCCUAUGCCUUGAUCCUGGCAGAGUUUGUCCUGGCUUUCUUUGCUGACUUGAGGGCUUUAGAACCCCCCAGGGAUAGAUCGAAGAAAGUUGGCUAUGAGAAAGGCACGCCUGAUGAUAAAUCUGCAGUACAACUGUUGACUGCCGGCGAGAAAGCAAGGAAAGAAUUUGAGGAGGUUCAUGCACCAUGUCCAGAAAUUGCUGCCACCUUCUUAGUUAGAAUAACAUUCACUUGGUUAACUAGUUUGAUUGUGCUAGGCUGGCGUCGGACCCUGCAGUUUGCAGACCUAUGGCUGAUGCGACCACAAGAUAUGAGCAGCACACUGAAUGCUAGAUUUGAAAAGUUUUGGAUCAAAGCACUGACAAAGUCUGAUAGGCUGGUGAUGCACAAUUCUUCAGCAGCUAACCAUAGCAGUAAACCCAUGCUUAAUGGCCCCAAAGUCGAGGUGAGGAGCCCAAACAGCAAGAAACGACCAUCACUUUGGAAAAUGUAUGCCAAGUUGUUUGGGCCAUAUUACUUCAUUGGAUGUCUGUACAAGAUCAUGCAAGACUCGGUUUUAUUUCUGCAACCAACUCUUCUCAGUGCCUUGAUCACUUUCGUGGAGACAGAGGAUGCGUACCGAUGGAAGGGGUUCCUGAUUGCUGGCCUUCUGUUCAUAGUAACAGGCAUCAAGUCGUUCAUGAUCGGCCUGCAAAUGAAUAAUUUCAUGAUGAUCGGGAUGAGAGUUCGUACACUUCUCACCGCUGCCAUUUACAGGAAGUCUCUAAGAUUGAGUAGCUCCGGACGGAAGAAGUUCACACAGGGUCAGAUCGUGAAUCUGAUGUCGGUCGACGCCCAGAAGAUGCAGGAGGUGUUUCAGAAUCUCCACUUCAUCUGGUCGGGGCCCCUCACCAUCAUCAUCGCCUUAUGUUACCUUUGGAGUAUCCUAGGAGUCGCCACCCUCGCCGGAGUUGGCUGCAUAUUUCUGGUUAUGCCACUGAAUAUCGUUUUUGCGAAAAUGUCGAGGAAACUUCAGUCUGAAAAUAUGAUACUGAAAGACAGCCGUCUGAAACUCCUGAAUGAGAUACUGAACGGGAUGAAGGUGCUCAAACUUUAUGGAUGGGAGAAGUCGUUCCAGCAGAAGAUCAUGUGCAUUAGGAACCAAGAGGUCAAGAAACUUAGGAUGGCGGCCUUCAUUGAUGCGUUGGCAUACUGCAGUUGGUUCCUUACCCCAUUCUUGAUCUCCUUGGCAACGUUUGGUGUUUAUGUGUCCAUAUCACCAGACAACGUUCUCGAUGCUAACAAAGCAUUCGUAUCGCUCUCCGUGGUCAACAUCAUGCUGGGACCUAUCCUACUUAUGUCCAUAUUAAUUGGACAACUUAUACACGCUAUUGUAGCGAAUAACCGUAUUGAAGACUUCCUGUACAGUGAAGAAUUGGAGGGAGACAGUAUUACACAUGACCCAGAUCUAGUGGGACUUGUCAGUAUUAAAGAUGGUACAUUCAGCUGGGGGAAGGAUGAAGAGGCUGUCCUCGCAGAUUUGAGCUUGGACAUUGCCCCAGGGAGUCUUGUGGCCAUCGUUGGAGCAGUCGGAUCAGGCAAAUCAUCCCUCAUAUCAGCCAUUCUGGGAGAGCUUCAUAACUUGAGUGGAGAAGUGGUGGUACAUGGUCAGGUAGCAUAUGUUCCCCAGCAGGCGUGGAUCCAGAACGCCACCCUUAAGGACAACAUCCUCUUCCACUGUCCUCAGGACAAGGAGAAAUAUGACAAGGUCAUCAAAGCAUGUGCUUUGUUGUCUGAUUUGAACAUAUUACCUGGAGGAGAUGAAACAGAAAUUGGAGAUAAGGGUAUCAAUGUCAGCGGUGGUCAGAAGCAACGCAUCAGUCUUGCGCGUGCCGUGUACCAGGACUCUGAUAUCUACCUCCUGGAUGACCCCCUCAGCGCAGUGGACUCCCAUGUUGGGAAACACAUCUUCACAGAAGUCAUUGGAGAGCAAGGCUUACUCAAGAACAAGACGCGAGUCUUUGUCACCCAUGGCGUCACCUAUUUGAAGCAGACAGACUACAUCUACGUACUUGGGGGUGAUGGUGGUAUACGCGAAGAGGGCAAGUUUGAGGAUCUACUCUCACAUGACGGAGCAUUCGCUGAAUUCAUCAGGAAUUAUCUGUUGGAAGAGGAGGUGGAUGAAGAGGAAGACCUUGAACUUCUGGAACUGAAGGCUGAUAUCUUGAGCAGAAUGUCGUCUAUGUCAGAAGAGAAACUUAACACGCCGAAGAAAACGGACCAACCAUUUAAGAGGUUGAAGAGUCAGAUUAGUCACCUCAGUAGAGAGAGUACACCAUCACAUAUAUCAAGGCAGGAUAGUAGAUCAAGAGGAAUGCACCGAGCAAAAUCUGAGGAGGAAUUGGAAUUAGUCAAGAAAGAGAUCUUGGAGAAGGACAAGAAACUAAUAACAGAAGAAACAACAGGCCAAGGAGAUAUUUCCACGAAAGUCUACCUUGGCUACUGCAAAGCAGCGGGUGGUGUUUUCUGUGCCAGCAUGGUGAUUGCAUACCUAGGCUACGUGGCUUCGAUGGUCGGCGCUAACAUCUGGCUGAGUAAGUGGAGUGAGGAUGAGGCGGCAUCCAAUGGAACGGUGAACAGGGAUCAGAGCAACUUCAGAAUUGGAAUCUAUGGGGUCUUUGGAGUAUCACAAGUGCUGUGUAUGUUGGUGAUGUCCUUCUCCCUGGCCCUCGGUGCGAUGCAGGCCUCCAGGCGUCUGCACAACAGAAUGGUGGACUCGAUCUUACGUUCCCCAAUGUCGUUCUUCGACACCACACCACUGGGACGAAUAGUCAACAGGCUUUCAAAAGAUAUCGACGUCAUCGAUGUUAACCUGCCGUUGAUGAUUCGUAUUUUCUUGGCCACGUUUUCCUCCGUCCUAUCGACUGCCAUCAUCAUCACCUACAGUACAGCAAUAUUCCUCGCAGCCCUCAUACCACUUGGAAUUCUUUAUUAUUUUGUACAGAGAUUCUACAUUUGUACGACCAGGCAGUUAAAGCGGAUCGAGUCAGUGAGUCGGUCGCCUGUCUUCUCUCACUUCAGCGAAUCAGUCGUUGGUGCUAGUUCGAUUAGAGCAUAUAAACUACAGGAGGAGUUCAAAAAUAAGUCGGACAAUCUCAUCGAUCAGAAUAACAUGGCUUUCUACCCUAACGUCAUGUCUGCCAGAUGGUUAGGGUUCAACCUCGAUUUGAUAGGGAACUUUGUGGUGCUCUUUACGAGUAUGUUUGCUGUGAUAGCAAAGGGUAACACCACAGCCGGUAUCGUUGGCCUGUCUGUCUCUUAUGCAAUGAGAGUGACAAAUAUACUGAGUUACAUGGUUAAGAUGGUGUGUGAGGUGGAGAACUGUGUAGUAUCAGCCGAUCGGGUCAGAGAGUAUGGCAAAUUGGAGGAAGAGGCUGCGUGGGAUAUACCAGAAGAACAACCACCAAAGGAGUGGCCCCAAGAGGGCAAGGUUGAGUUCAGCAACUAUUCCGUGAGGUAUAGGCAAGGGUUGGACCUGGUCCUCAAGAAAAUCAACUGUUCGAUUCGACCAGGCGAAAAGGUUGGUAUUGUUGGACGGACAGGAGCUGGCAAGUCCUCGUUGACACUGGCCAUGUUCAGGAUCCUCGAGGCAGCCGAAGGUCACAUCACUGUCGACGGGGUCAACAUCUCCAAGAUUGGUCUGCAUGAUCUUCGCUCCAAGAUUACGAUCAUACCACAGGACCCAGUCCUGUUCUCGGGCACACUUCGAAUGAACCUGGAUCCAUUCGACCAUCACACGGAUGAAGAUAUAUGGAAUAGUCUCGAUCAUUCCAAUCUGAAAGAAUUUGUCCAGUCUCAAUCUGAGAAGCUGAUGCAUGAAUGCACAGAGGGAGGCGAAAACCUCAGUGUUGGCCAGCGACAGUUGGUGUGCCUGGCCCGGGCGUUACUCAGAAAGACGAAAAUCCUUGUCUUAGAUGAAGCCACCGCUGCUGUUGACUUGGAGACGGAUGAUCUCAUUCAGUAUACGAUCAGAAAUGAAUUCAAGGAGUGCACGGUGAUAACGAUAGCCCAUCGUCUCAAUACCAUCAUGGAUUAUGACAGAGUGAUAGUGCUAGAUAAAGGAGAAAUCCGUGAGUUUGAUUCUCCAAGUGAACUACUUAAGGAUGAGCGUGGAAUCUUCUAUAGUAUGUCAAAAGAUGCUGGUCUUGUUUAAAUUAUCCCCACGGAAGCUGCGCAGGAUUCCUUCCUAUUUGGUGUCUGUCAUUGUGUUGUUGGCUAUCAUGUAUUUGAGUUGACGUUGAUUUCAAUACUGUAAACCUGAAAAUGUUUGGGGCAAUCUUAGUUUGUUUUGUGAAAUUAGCACACCUUUAAUUUAGCAUUUUGACAACUCUGUAACAGUAAUUUCAGUCAAUUUUUUUAGUGUAUUUUCACAAUGAUUAGUAAAGGUGAAGAUAAUAGGCCCAUCAAACAUUUCCAAGUUAACAGUUGGUAACUAUUUUUUUACUCUUUAUACUGGUGACUGUGUAUAGACCCAAAUGGUUGUAGUUCAUCAGAGAGAAAAAAAUAUCUGACUUGAUUUACAUGUAUCUUAUCGUCUGGUCAUAUUAAGCGGGUUAGUUAUAUGUACUGCAAAUCACCAUAUCUAUCUUUGAUUUGACUUUUGUGUGGACCACAAUGACCAAUUGGUUAUAUCACCAAGUUUUAGGGUGUGCUUUUAGUAGAAAUGCAUUUGUGGUAUAACAUGUAUAAGAAGUACAGUGGAAUCUCGUUACAGCCUACCCACUUGGAAUUGAGAAAAAUUGACUCACUGUAUUCAAAGUUCACAGUAUUCAGACUUCAUUGCAUGUUAUUGAGAUGGAACUUGGAAGUAAGUUCCCUAUAACCAUAUGUUCACUACAAAAGGAUUCCCUUUAACGAGAUUCCAUUGUUGUGUGUAGCACUUCUAUGUUGUGAGCUGCAUGUAUGGUGGCGGUCUCUAUACUCAACCUGGAGAAUCGAGCAUAGCCAGGCGUGACCAGGUUCCGAGCAACUGGUCUGCCGAGCAACUGGUCUGCCGAGGUGCCGAGUCCCUCGGUUAUUUCACCACAAAACCAGGACAGUUUGGGAUGCUUGUUCUCAAGGGCGAUACUGCUUUAUAUAAUGCUGAUACAUAAAUCUGUUCGUUUACCCUACUUAUGUCUCUCUAAUCACAAUACUCUAGUCCCACUCCAAAAGUAGUGUGCUUUAUAAUCUCAUCAGAAAUCUAGUUUCAUCUGAACUCAUAGAUCUUAUCAGUAAUCAAAAGAUAUAUCAUAACUCCUAGAUCUCAAUCACUGAUCAAGUUACAUAUCAGAACUCUGUGAGCUUAAUCAGUGAUCUAGUUACAAUGUACGCCUGAACUCAUAGAUCUGAAUCAAUAAUUUUGGUUACAUCUGAACUCAUGGAUCUUAUCAGUAAUCUAGUUACAUGUACAUCUGAACUCAUAGAUCUGAACUAAUAGGCCUUAUCAAAUCUAGUUACAUAGUUACAUGUACAUCUGAACUCAUAGAUCUGAACUAGGCUUUACCAAAUCUAGUUACAUGAACUGAUAGUCUUUCUCAUCAAAUCGGAAAUUGCGGAACAAUUGUUGUGAUGAUAAACAUCAGUAGUCAAUGUUAGUUACUGGUACCCGAUUGAUCAGAUUCACUAUGUGAUCGUCUGUACUAGUUCCUAGCAGUCACAGUUCUCUGCUUCAGUUGCACUUGGGCAUUUUGAGUGCCUGGGUGAAUGGAAUCGUUCAUUAAAAGAUGAUCUAGGUUUUGUUCAUUUUAUCACAGAUGAUCAUUGUUUGUUAGUAAACUUACGUUAGUGAGCAUAUCAAUUCUGUAUCCAUUCUUGCUGGUCUUUGUCUUUGAUGGUACUAUAUUGGAUACACAUAUGCGGGUAUUUCUUUUCUCUAGGGAGGGUUUAACUCUGUCCUUGUUGUGUUGAACAGGCUGCCGAGUUCAAGGAAAUCUUAUCUCUUUUUCGUCUAUGCAUUUUUUCUUCACUGCCGCACUCAUUAAGAUGUUCACAUGUUUAUGCAUUUUAUGUUUUCCCCAGUACAUUCUUCAUAGUUGACAAUCAUACACUGCUAUACAGACAAGAAGAAUAGUUCACUGGCAACAUUCUUUGUAUGUGGGGCGGACAAGUGCACAUUUGCAUGCUACAGUGUAUAGCUGGUGCAGAAACUUGCUCGAGUGCUAUUGACACACUAUGUAUGAUAAACAAACUUAAGUUAAGUUAAGUUUGUGUUUAUUUGUGUGAGCCUAAUAUUUUCAUGUGCUUUCGGAAGGGGUAAAACGUGAAUAUUUAUGGUGCAAAAAUUCAUUUGCAAAAGUUAAUGGGAGUGAAAUCUGAAAAUGAUCCUUUUUGUCAAAUUUAGGGCCGCGACAAAAUAAGUGGGUUAAUGGUAUCUUAUAUGCAUGUAGCAUGUCGAGAUUUUCAUCUUAGCUUUUUUAUUUGAGGAUGCUUAUCUCAUAUUUAGGUGUUUUGACACCUUCUUACAGAGGUGUCUGCUAAGAGUGGUUCCACUAUAUAGCAUUUCUAUGUAAUAUGUAACAUUGUGCCAUGCAUCUAGGUAUCAAUUAUUUUCUUAUAUUCAUGUAUGUAUAUAUAAUCAAGAAAAAUAAAUCAUGAGUCAAUAUUAAUGAAUAGGUACAGAUAAAAAAAAAUUGGUCAUCAGAAAGUCAUUGUUACCGACAUAUUCAAUGAUGUGACUCAGACCAAUUGCAUAUCUAUAAUAGAACCUCUCUAAUAAGGAAACUCUUCGGACUGACAAGUGCUGUCCUUUAUAGAGAGGUGUCCUGAUUAGAGAGGGUAAUUGAACGGAAACAACUAAUUUGGGUCCAAAACUAGUAUCCUUACAGAAAGUCUUAAUAGAGAGGUGUCAGCCAAGGGGGGUGCCACUGUAUGUUAACAACUUGGGUGCCAAACAAUGUCAAUAACAACUGCUACUUCAACUUUAUCCCAUCGCAGCCACAAGUAGAAAUCACAAUGGUGAAUUCCUUGCUUAAUUUUACACAAGUAGCCCUAAUGAAAAUGACUACAGAAACUCAAGCGAUAAGUCCAACUGAAUUUCUUCUACUGGCUGCGACCAUGUAAUGUAAAUGUGAAAAUGGCUGUAUUUAGGGCUUGUCUUGUUGAUUCUUAUUGAACAUGUGAUAUCUAGUCUUUUUCAUUGAUCAUUUAUGAAUUUGAUUUUGAUUGUUUCUUAUUCUCAUCCAAAUCCAUGUUCAUGUACGUGUACAAUGCCUCGUUCUCGAAACAGGCAUUUUAACCAUACAAAAUACAUGUACAGGGACAUUUACCUGGGGUCCAUUUCAAUGGCAAUCAGUCUACUAAUUUGUCUUUUUAAGAUCUAAAUGUAACUUUAUUGAUAUAUGUGUUUGUUGGAUAUGAUCUGUUGCCAAUUCGAUGAUCUGUAUGUGCAUCUUCUGGAGUAUUCUCUCAAUAAAAUAUUC